UGGCCACACAUGGAAGGCGUGGCCUGGUGGCCGGGAUGGCUGCGGCGUCCUGGGGCGAGGCGCUGACGUGAGCUCGGCGCACCUGGGCCGGCCAGGUAGGGGCCGGUGGGGGACUGGGGGCGGAACCCGCAGUCCCUGCUUGCGCAGAGUCAGGCGCCCCUUGGCCAGGCUGUCGAGGAGUGUGGUAGCGACGGUGAUCUUCGCUGCGGACUUGGUUUGGAGGGACAUCAGCUUCUGGUAACCGGAUUGAGGACAGGCCUGGGCUGUAGAGACGGGAAAGUACCAGGAAGGAGUAGAUGACCCUGACCCAGCUAAAUGGAAGGCCCAGCUACGCUGUGCUCUCAAUAAGAGCAGGGAAUUCAACCUAAUGUAUGAUGGCACAAAGGAGGUGCCCAUGAACCCAGUGAAGAUAUAUCAAGUGUGUGACAUACCCCAGCCCCAAGGCUCAAUCAUUAACCCAGGAUCCACAGGGUCUGCUCCUUGGGAUGAGAAGGAUAAUGAUGUGGAUGAAGAAGAUGAGGAAGAUGAGCUUGAUCAGUCGCAGCACCAUGUUCCCAUCCAGGACACCUUCCCCUUCCUGAACAUCAAUGGUUCUCCCAUGGCACCAGCCAGUGUGGGCAACUGCAGUGUGGGCAACUGCAGCCCUGAGGCAGUGUGGCCCAAAACUGAACCCCUGGAGAUGGAAGUACCUCAGGCACCUAUACAGCCCUUUUACAGUUCUCCAGAGCUGUGGAUCAGCUCUCUCCCAAUGACUGAUCUGGACAUCAAGUUUCAGUACCGUGGGAAGGAGUACGGACAGACCAUGACUGUAAGCAACCCUCAGGGCUGCCGGCUCUUCUAUGGGGACCUGGGUCCCAUGCCUGACCAGGAGGAGCUCUUUGGUCCCGUCAGCCUGGAGCAGGUCAAAUUCCCAGGUCCAGAGCAUAUCACCAAUGAGAAGCAGAAGCUGUUCACCAGCAAGCUGCUGGACGUCAUGGACAGAGGACUGAUCCUGGAGGUCAGCGGUCACGCCAUUUAUGCCAUAAGGCUAUGCCAGUGCAAGGUGUACUGGUCUGGGCCAUGUGCCCCAUCACUUGUUGCCCCCAACCUGAUUGAGAGACAAAAGAAGGUCAAGCUAUUUUGUCUGGAAACAUUCCUUAGUGAUCUCAUUGCCCACCAAAAAGGACAGAUAGAGAAGCAGCCACCGUUUGAGAUUUACUUAUGCUUUGGGGAAGAAUGGCCAGAUGGGAAACCCUUGGAAAGGAAACUCAUCUUGGUUCAGGUCAUUCCGGUGGUGGCGCGGAUGAUCUAUGAGAUGUUUUCUGGUGAUUUCACACGAUCCUUUGACAGUGGCAGUGUUCGCCUACAGAUCUCAACUCCAGACAUCAAAGAUAACAUCGUUGCUCAGCUGAAGCAGCUGUACCGGAUUCUUCAAACCCAGGAAAGCUGGCAGCCUAUGCAGUCUACCCCUAACAUGCAACUGCCCCCUGCCCUGCCGGCCCAGUAAUCAUGAAUGCCAUCUUCUUCCUUCUCUUUUUUACAGUAUUGUACAUAUGGAUAAUUUUUUAUUAUUUAGGUUUAACCAGCUUUUUAAAUCUCUAAUUUCUCUAACAAUAUUAGAAGUCUAUGGUUCUCCAAAUAUGCCUAGAUUUAAAGUUCAUUUAAUUUAUGGAAAAAUCACCCCUCAGAUUUGCCUUUUCUUUUUAAAAAUCUCCUAAUGGUAAUAUGAUGUAGUAGGAGAUUUGGCCUGGGAGUUUGGACACCAAGGUUGUAACUGCAGCUUUGCUUCCAGUGUGACCUUGAAUAAGUCCUUUAACCUCUGGGCUUCAGAUUUAUUGCUUGUAAAGUGCAGAGAUUAGAAUGAUGCCUGAAAUUAUAUCCAGCUUUAAAACUGACUUGAUGACUUAUUGUUCUUGUACAAGGCAAAACUGUCUGGAACAGAAUCCUGCUGCAUUGUUCUUGUACCACAUUUUUUUCUUGCUUUCAUUAAAGUUCCCUCAAGCACUGA